CUCUUUUUAACAACUCUUAUGUGCUAGUUUUUCGCUGUGUUUGAAUUUCCGAUAGUCUAUGCAGCUGAGAUCUGUCCUACUGCCUCAACAAUUAGUUAUCGUGUCUAAUGAAAGCUAUGGGCUAUGGGUUCCUAUGCCACUCUUCAUAGCAAGCUGCUUGCACAGUUCCUCAUUCUAGAAUGUACACGACACCGUUAAUAUAUGUUAUCGGCGUUUUGCCUGUAUUCAAUAGGUAUGUUGCUGUGGGAAAUAAGCCUUUCCUCUCAAGUUGCUCAGGUCAAUAUCAGUCUUACGUUCUACAUGCUCUGCUCAAUCUACGACAGUCCUUGGCUAGAGCAAAUCUUGCUGGCUGUGUGAAGUUGGUGGUCCCUUUCAAUGCCGAUGCCUGCAAGUCCUCUCUUCCUUCUCAAGGGGCAUUUUGGCCUGAAUGACACAAAUUAGAUCUCAACUUGUUCAAUUCCUCAACUCAAAUGGUUCUCAUCCGCAGCACAUUGUGCUGAUCGCAGGGGGUCCUCUGAACCAGGAAGUGAAGAUAUGGGCCUCUGCAGAGGAGGAGGGCUGGUUGUUGCCCAGUGAUGUUGAAUCAUGGAAGUGUACUCAGACUUUGGACUUAAAGAGUUCUGCUGAACCCAGGCUUGAGGAUGCAUUCUUUAAUCAAGUUGUAGCACUGAACCGUGCAGGCUUGUUUUUAUUGGCAAAUGCCAAGAAGAAUGCUAUUUAUGCUGUACACAUAGACUAUGGGGCCAAUCCAGCCUCAACCCGCAUGGAUUACAUUGCUGAAUUUACUGCUACAAUGCCUAUUUUGAGUCUUACUAGAACCAGUGAUGGUCUACCGAUGGAGAACAUAUUGUUCAGGUUUCCUGUGUCCAAACACAAGCUAUUCAGCAGUAUGCUUUAGAUCUUUCCCAGUGCCUGCCACCAGCUUUGGAGAAAACAGACUCCAGUGCUGCUUGUGAUGCUGCUAAUUCCGAUGGUUCUGCUAUUCUGGAAUCAUCUCAUGGAAGCAUAUCUGCUGACUUGCUUAUGGCUACGACGAAUUUGAUACCACCUAUACUUUCAAGCAGCUCUGAGAGAGUACCUGUAGCUAGCCGUUCUGAAAGUUUUCCUUCUUAAGUCAUUACUGGUUUGCCUGAAAAUUCUUCAAGUGCAGAGGCAAAGCCAAGUGCUUUACCAUCUAAUAGUAAUACUGAAAAUAUACACACUGCAUCUCCUCCGCCUCCUUUGAGUCCAAGGUUAUCUCGUAAAUCAUCUGGUUUAAGAAGUCCAUCAAUUAGCUAUGAGCCUUGUCCCCCAGCAAGUGAGCUUGGUGGUGACCAGUCUGUUACUGAUUAUUCAGAUGACUAUAGAGCAAAUGCUGCCAAAGAAAACGUGGCUGAUGUGCCUUCAUCAGGAGACAAUAUGUGGAAGGUUGAUAGAAGUAUUGCACAAAAUGAUAUUUCUAUGGUUCCAGAUCCUCCUGUUGUUUUUAAGCAGCCAACCCAUCUGGUAACUCUAUCCGAGAUUUUAUCAACCGUUGCCUCGUCCUCUGAAAAUUCUCAGUUUGGUCAGCGCAUGAAUGCUGGAGCCUCAUCCUCAAAUCUUAUACUUUCAGUGUUCCCUUUACCUUCUAGUUCUUCAGAUGUGUCCUCCUCCGAAUGGGUUUUAGAUUCUGGAGCAUCACACCAUAUGUCUCAUGAUUUAAAAUGCUUUGUUUCCUUGCAUCCACCAUCAUCUUCGCUUAUCGUGGCUGUUAGUGGCCCUUAAAUAGCAACAAAAGCAGUUGGUUCUGUGAAAACAGAUAAAUUAUCUCUUUUUGAUGUUUACUACCAUCCUGAUCUCAAAGUGAACCUUGUCUCUGUUAGUCAAUUGUUUGAUUCUGGUUACUUAGUCUCUUUCACUCGUACCACUUGUCUUGUGUGGGAUCCGCAGUACCAGAAGCAGAUUGGGAAAGGUUGUAGGCUACGGGGAUUAUAUGUUUUGGAUGAGCUGAGAUUACCGAUGCCUGAAGCUGCCAAUAGCUUUCCACAAGUCCCUUCCACUACAGGGGUUUCUCAGAAAGUCCAUGAUCUCUCUGGGACAUUCUCUUCUCCCUCUCCUCCCUUGGAUUAUCCUAGGGCUGGUCCACGUAAGCAAAUCUUCUAUGGCCCCAAAACUACCCGGGCUGCUGUUGUUACAUGUGGUGGACUGUGUCCUGGGAUCAACACUGUGAUUAAGGAACUAGUGGUGGGGUUGUGGGAGCUGUAUGGUGUGAGACAAAUUUAUGGGAUUCAAGCUGGGUACAGAGGGUUUUAUUCCAGGGAGCUUGUGGAGUUGAGUCCUAAGAUGGUGCAUGGAUGGCAUAAGAGAGGUGGCACUGUGCUCGAGACCUCUAGGGGUGGUUUUGAUCUCAAUAAGAUUGUUGAUGCUAUUCAACACCAUGGAUUUAAUCAGGUUUACAUCAUAGGUGGGGAUGGCACCAUGCGUGGAGCUGUAGAGAUUUUUAAUGAAAUCCAACAACGGAAACUGCAUGUUGGAGUUGUUGGAAUUCCAAAAACGGUUGACAACGAUGUAGGAAUUUUUGAUAGAUCAUUUGGGUUCCAGACAGCAGUAGAAAUGGCUCAGCAAGCAAUCAGUGCUGCUCAUGUGGAGGCAGAGAAUGCAGUUAAUGGAAUUGGCCUGGUGAAGCUAAUGGGCCAAAGCACAGGACAGAUAGCCUUCCAUGCAACAUUGAGCAGCCCUGAUGUGGAUUGCUGUCUAGUUCCUGAAACUGAAUUUUACUUGGAAGGGAAAGGAGGGCUGUUUGAGUUUCUUGAAAACCGGCUGAAAGAGAAUGGGCAUGCCGUAGUGGUUGUAACAGAGGGAGCUGAGCAGGAUAUGAUACCGCGAACUGAUGCCAAAGAAGAGAGGGAUGAAUCUGGAAACUUGGUUUUCUUAGAUGUUGGUAGCUGGAUGAAGUCAGAGCUAAAGAAGUGGUGGGACAGAGACCACCCAGAUGAGUUGUUUACAGUGAAGUACAUGGAUCCUACAUAUAUGAUACGUGCAGUUCCCGCAAAUGCUACGGAUAACCUAUAUUGUACACUACUAGCACAUUCGUCCAUUCAUGGUGUUAUGGCAGGAUAUACUGGGUUUGUGUGUGGUCCUAUUAAUGGCAACUAUGCAUAUAUUCCAUUGGAAGAGGUGGCACAGGCUAAGCAUGAAGUUAAUACAAGGGACCAUAAAUGGACAUGGGUGAGAUCUGUGACCAAUAAGACUGAUUUUGGGAAGAGCUAAAUUAAUGUUUGAGCUUACAACAAUCCAAGGCCAAGAACUUUCCUCUGUAAAUGCAUCUGGGUUUGCCAGUGCAGUUUCUUGUUUGUUGAUAAUAAGAAAUUGUGAUUAUUGAGUUGUAUCACAAUAUGUCAGGACUUAAAAAGGGCAUAUUUUGAUGCCAAUCCAGUAUAGUUGGGCUUAUGUUGCUUGUUGCAUUCUUCAAUGUUAAUAUACUGCUGUUAAGCACGGAUACAGUUAGUUAAUAAAAUGUAUGUUAUGUUUUGCUUUCA